AACAAAUACCCAUAUGCAGUUUUGACAAUUGGUCUCGCGGCAUUGUGAAUGGCGCAUCUGUCAUCUGUCAGAAGAAAAACUGGUGGCAGAGCAAUAACGAGUCCCCGAAAAUAAAUUGUGUUCAUAUUUUUUAAUUGAUUUUGUGAGUUUUUGAAACCAGCAACAGGACACAAACAAGUAAAAAAAAACAAAAAGGGAGACACAUUACAACAUAUACGUCGCGCGCAUGUAGUUACAAAAUGGCUACGGAGCAGCGUACUCUUAAGCAAGACGGCUAUUUGGAUGUGGGCGAUGACAAUGAUGUGCCUGGUGGAUUUCCUCCAUUUGAGAUGCGAAACAUCCUUUAUCAUCCACAUUUAAACGUAUUGUUGGCGUUCGGCGUUAAUAAUUUAGUAAAAGUUCUGGAUGUUAAUUCGGGCGUUAUUCUGCAGACUUAUCAAUUAAGUACAAAUGCUGGUACUUUUAUUAAUGGACGCUACAUGCCACUGCAAGAUAAAAUCUUGUUCUGGGAUGGUCACAAUCUAGGACUACGCGGUGAUUAUAAUGGAGUUUUGCUGCUAGACACAAUACUCCAGGCACCUAUUGGUCAAAAUGAUGAAUACAUAAAGCUCGAGCUUGUACUAUUGGACGCGAUUAUUUUUCAGAACUGCAUACACGACCUUGAAAGCGAAGGUCUAGAGUGUCCUGCGGACAUUAGCAACGAGCUGACACAGAAAAUUAAUCAAGCACAGCUAAAUUCAAAGAAAGGGUUCAAGGCACAACGCUGGAACACAAUUUGUUUGGAGGUUCCCUAUUCCAGUUUAAAGCUGGUAGCCAACAAUGUCGUCAUAUUGCUUAAACGUCUGGAGCGCCACAUUCCCGUUCUAGCCAUAGCUUCUGCCAUUAACGAGCGCCUCACGGACAUGCUACAAGGCUCACGCGUGCCUGACUUUGCAUUGAAUUUCAACAAUUUCCAGCGCGUACUCAUGCACUCGGAGGCGAUACGUCGCCAGACUUUUGAGAAAUGGCCACACAUGGACUAUAAAUGGGCCUUGCCCGAUCAAAUGGCCCAAGCUGGCUUUUAUCAUCAGCCCUCAGCAACGGGUGAAGACCGCGCCAUGUGUUUCACCUGUAAUGUGUGUUUGGUGUGUUGGGAGAAAACAGAUGAGCCCUGGAGUGAGCAUGAACGUCAUUCCCCACUGUGUCCCUUCGUCAGGGGCGAAUAUACACAAAAUGUCCCACUUUCUAUCACGUAUGCGACCAACCCGGCACAGACAUCUCCCGGCUUGGGUUUCGACAUAAUUUCCAAUAGUGAUUAUGCAAAUGUACUCUGCACCAGCUGCACAGAAACUGGUGAAUUGAGCGUUUGGAGCAUUGAGCGUCAUCUAAAGCUGAUGCAUACAGUUCAUGUGCCCACAUUGUUGAAGGAUGUAUUCGAGGAGAGUUUCGAGUGGGCGCGUGUCACAGCCAUUUGUGUAUUACCGAAUGCUCGGGCGCGAACUCGAGUCAACUAUGUCUAUUCGGCUAAUUAUGGUGCUGGAGGAGCAGCGCAUUCGGGUGGCAUGCGAAGCAGUGAUAAAUUUGGUGGCGUCAAUUCCCAGCAUAUAACCUCAACUUCGACACUGCGUGCCGGCGUCGUAGGCUCAAAGAUUGUUCUUGGCAUUAGCGUGCGUCAGAGUAGCGGAGAAUUGGCCCUACGUAUGGUGGUGCUCAAUAUAAUAGAAGUGGAUCGGUAUAGUGAUUCGUCUGUGAGUAUGAGCAAUGAUAGCGGCAGCAUCUGCAGUAGUCACCAAUUCAAGAAAACAUCGUCCCACUUGGGUCCCAAUAUAACUGAGGCCAAUGUGAUUAUUUCAAGUCAUGACUCCAAAGACGAUGACAACAAAUCCUUUACACCAUAUGAAAAAUUCGCCGAUGGAUUUGAUAGCAAUGGCUUUGUAUCUGCAUUGAUGACCUCCUACAAGAGUCAUGCAACGGCCCAUGGUCCUGACAAUACUUCAGCUCUCUAUGAUUUCGACUUGUCUACGCUGUCUCACAUGUUGGAGCCAUCGCUUGAUGAUCCAACUGGGAGCAUUAUGUUAACCUCCAAUACAGUCAAUGUCGGCAAUAAUCUUCUGGGAAUGGACAAUGAUAUGGAGAAGCUUAUAGAGGAAGCGUCCGUGGUACAACAGAAUAAUAAUAACAACAACAAUAACGACAGUCCCUCGCUUGGUGGUAGUUCCAGCAAUAACAAUAAUAAUUGCAAUGGUAGUGAUAAGGCGAUAAGGCCACCGUGCGAAGAAAUCGAUUGCGUGGUCGAAAGUUGGACGAGCGUCAAACGCAUGAAUUCUUUAUCGAGCACCGACGGUGGUGCCGCUGAGAGUGCAAACGGACCUCUUCCUGACGUACAGGAGAUUGUAGAGAUUGCCGAGAUUAUACCAACCAGCCCCAAAUGCAAUCAAUUGCUUGUAAAACUACAACGUACCAAGGCGCCAGAAACAGAAGCGAGCAAAAUUAUUAUGGCCACCGUUGAGAAGGAGGACGAGGUGGACGUUGAUGAGCACAUGGAGACAAAUGACAACAAUGCCGAGUGCAAUGUGGCAGCACAGCUUCUUCUUUUUGAUUAUGACGAUACACAAAUAUCCAAUGACUAUACGCUGGCGGUGACUUUCAGUCGUGCAAAGAGCCCUAAACAACUGUGCAUACUGCCGCCGUUUAAUCAUGCAGAGCAAAAGGAGACGGGUGCCAUUUGUGUGGUGUGCAGCGAUGGCAGCGUAGAGAUAUAUUCGUUAGCCGACUUUCAGCCCACACAUAUUAUUGAAGAGGAGGGCGAACACUUCGAGGCUGUAGUUUAUUGCCGCAAUCUGGAACGUUUGUGCUGUUGCUCUCGCCAGGGCGUCAUGCUCUUCUUCUCACUAAGCGAAGGCGACAAUGAUUCUGGUGAUGAGAUGCUUGAAAUUGAGGAUGAUUGCAGCACAGCGCUGAUUCAGGCUAAUGCAAGUAUUGACGUGACAGUGACGGAUGCCGCUAGAGAUGGCGCAGGUGCCGAACCGGUAAACCCAGCGAAGGGCGAAAUCACCACCAACAUGAAUGAUGUGAUAACAAUAGAUGUGAGCAAUACUCCAGCCACAGACAGCGGGAGUAUAGCGGCGAGUUCUAGUUCCCAGGUGCAAACGUCGCCUUCGACAAUGUCGAUAUUGGCUAAUAAUAGCAAUUUGUUGGCCAAUAAGACUUCUGAGCUGACGCUUGAAGAUUUACGAAUCUUCUACGCUCUUAUACAAUUCGACGAAAAGCUCACUGUCUACUCGGCCGAAGUGCCCAGUUGCUGGAAUGAUCUGGGACAAGUGCAGAAACAACGCAAGCAAUCACAAAACUUGCGACAUGGCGGUGAUGACCGCGAGUUUACACACACCUGGCGUUUACACAAUGACGCAACCACCUGGGAUGAACAUAUUAUCGAGAUAAAUUUGGCACAGCCUGUGUCGCUAGGUCACGUCGAUUUAAAGUUCACGGUCUAUCAGCAAUGCUCCAAUCCGGCUGCCAUUCAGGUAACGUUGCUCAAACAGAACACAAAUGGCUUUGGUUACCGCAUGAAGGGUGCACACAACAAUUACAAACCCAAUGUCGUUGACGACAACAUUGAUCUCACCUACGUUGCAAACGAGAAUCCAGUGCUCAGCGAGGAAUAUCUACAGGCGCACAAUGCUGAGGUGCUGUCCGGACCUAUUGAGUUGUCCUCCUGUAUCGAUCUAUGUGAUCAGGGUGGAACGGCUACACUCACGUCGCCAAAAUUGUUUAAAACGCGAUCGCGUAAUUUUCUCCUACACAUCAAAACUGUCGCCGAUCCAUCGAAGGAUGGACAAAACAAAACUCGUGUUGCAUUACCUGUGCCGCAUCAUAAGGGGUCCCAUCAAGUAGAAGAUUAUAUAAAUGAAAACGCCCAGUAUUGUGCUCAGCAAUUGCAAAUUACAAAGAUCUCAGUUCAGAAAUCAAUUAAUAAGAGUUGUGCCACACAUAUAAAUGUAUUAGAGCAGAUUAAGAAACAAAUACUAAAGCAGCCAUCGCAGAAAUUUAAGUCAGCUCUCAUUACCAUACCUAUGUCACAUUUACCGCCAUGUGGGUGGCAGCAACAUCAAUCAAGUGCGCAACAACAAAAUGUGCAACAAUCAUCCAUUCACCAAUCAUUUUCGCAACAUCCUCAUAUGCAGCAGCCAUGUUUGUACCAACACAAUUUGCAUCAACACCAUGUGUACCAAUCGGUGUUGUUGCCAUUCUCGGUGUCACAGCCGUGGCAGGCUCCUGAUUUCAAAUUGCCGGGAACAGUGGCUCGAGGCUGUGAUUGGCUGCAUGAGAUCUCCAUUAGUGUGCGUGGUGUAAAGACGCAGAGUCGGGUCAGCAAUGCUCGCAUCCAACGCAUUGCUAUGCUAGAUAGCAAUGGUUUGCUCGAACAACUCUUUCGAUUAGCCAGCAGUGCCGAUUCCUCACCACUCAGCAGAAAUCUGGCGCUCGAUGUGCUCAACUGGAUCUGCUUCAUACGUUUAAAUCGUUUUCGUUCGCCGAAAUCGGAACGGAUCAAGGAACAAAUCAAUAAACAGACGGCUGCCAACAUUAAUGAUUUGCUUGCUCAGCAAUUCGAGUGCAUUUGCUUGGCCGAGAAGCAUAUCGAGUCGAUGUUGCGUAACUGCAUCAUUUACAGUGAACGCACCACAGCGCAUAAAUGUGUCAAACUCAUUGUCACACUGACAGAAGGCGCUGCCAAUUUGCCGAUUGAGCUGCAGAAGCAUUCAACGCUGGACAAUACUAUAAAGACGGCCAUAUCUAAUACCUUUAAUGAAAUAUCUCAAGCUGACUGCGGCAGCGUUGUGCGUUGGUAUACCAUGCUGACCUGUGCCACCUCCACAGCCGAGUCACACAACAGCAUCUCCGAAAUGGCCAUAAAUUUGUUAAAAGACAUCGCUAACGAGAUUGACAAGCGCUGGGAUCCAUAUUGCGCGCUACUUAGCACACGUUUUGGUCUCUAUGGCUUUCCAUUUGAGCCGGAAAUAUUUGAUUUUGAUUUCCCCAACACCAACCGGAACGGCUCCAGUGCUUCACCAAUGGGCGUGAGCAGCGUGAUACGCAGCAGUGCGAGCAUUUUGCCUGUGACUACUCUGGACAUUAAGCGUUUAAGUUCAAUAGAUGGUGUUGAUUUCCGCACAUUUCCACAUUUAAUACGUGGUAAGAGUAUCAGUAAUCAGAUGCGGGGAUUGUUGGAGGUCGUGCAACUACACUUCACCUGUGUCCAGACCUCAGAGGCUACACGCGUCGAUAACAUAGAUACAGCUAGUGGUACUGGAGCAUCCAGCGUCGUUAUGGAAGAUGUAAUGAUGAUGCCUAAGCUAGUGGUGGCAAAAGAGAAGGAUGAAGAGCUGCUUAAUGAUCUGGUUAACGAUGUGCAGUGUCUGGUGGAGGAAAUGAAGGACAAGGAUGGAAAAACUGCCUUCGAUACCUUCGGCAUGGUAAAUGGAUUUAAGGAUAAAACCUCGGGCACGUCGCUUACAGAGCUGGAGCACGCACUUAAAGAGGAGCUAACUCUUUGGAAUACCUACAUACAGAAGAAGUUCGGCAUGAAGGAAGAUAUCGAUUAUAUAGAUCUGACCGAUGUAGAUAAUUGGGCGGAGCCGCACUGUGGGCUAUUGCCGACCAAAAUGUUCAAUGAGAAUGAAUUGCCACCCCAAUUAAAGAAUAUAUAUCUACAGCAGGACAGCCAAAAAGUCCCUCAACCCGCUGGAGUAGGAAAUGAUGCAGGGGCAGGGGAGCAGUAUCCUGUCCAGUCAGCGACAUCGUCAACGACUGUCAGUGAUAACAUUCCCGAGACUGUGGAAGAUGAUGAUGCUGAAAGUGAGAAAAUAAUACAAAGUCUUAAUGCCAAUCCCAGCCAGCCAAUUGCUUGGCAUAAAAUAAUAACUCCUCCCCCCAAGCAAAUGGCCGUUAUCGAUCGUAUGCAUUCCGGAGCUCGCCGCUUCGUAGUGCUGGACUUUGGCCAGCCCACAAUGCUAACUGAUUUGAUCAUACCCGCCUGCGACGAGCUCACUUCUCUUACUAUUGAUAUCUGGUGCUUUGAUGAAGACACCGACAGCAUGCGUUUGGUUCAAGUGGCGGACAUACAGACAAAGACUUUGGUACUUAGCGAUAUGCAACCGCCACCGAUUUGCCGCUAUCUUAAGAUGACGAUCAUCGGCCGCAUUGGCAUGUCCUCGACCAAAUGUAAAGUGCCCUUGGGCACCUUUUUCGGGCAUCCCGUCAUUUUGGAGCACGAUGGAUAUGGCGAUAAUUUAGCGCGCUACACCAAGCAACCACUGCAGACGCUACACGCACAUAUCAAGUCGCUUAAUUCCCUCUACGAGGAUGUGCACUGUCGCUAUAGUCUGGCCAGCUGCAAGCUUAUGGAAUUGAUGGCGCCAAUGCGCAACAGCGAACUGUCCAAUGUCGCGCACUUGCAGGCGUUUAUCAACAAGCAACGCGAUGAAGAAUUGAGCGGCAUCGAAAACAACAACAAAGUGGUGACACUCUAUGAAGAAUGCAUGCUCUUACAAUACCAGAUUAAUGUAAUACGUAAUGUUGUGUCACGCUUGGAGCGUGCAGUGUCUCCCUCCUUGCGCAGCAUCGUGCCGCCAAAGUCGCUCCUUGCCACCGACGAAAGCCUGCGCCAUGCCUCACGUGACAAACUGCGCGUUCUCAGUCUCAGUUUGGUGGAGGUGCUGCUCCAUUUCUCCAUUGAGUAUGGCAUCAAGAAUAUUCUACCUGGACAUCAACGCUUUAAUGUUGCUACAGCCAAAAUGUUGUUCGAUUCGCUCGUAGUCUAUGGCGAUGCACAGCUUCAAUUGGCCACGUGUUCACUACUUGUGCGCAUGUGCUGCUUCCAGUCUUGGUGGGGCGAGUUCUUAGCCGACACAUUUUGCAGUCUGUUCUCUGCACAAAACUGCAAGGCAUUUCCACAGGAUCGAAUCUUCUUCCUGCUUACCUAUCUCGGACGACGCAGCAUUGCCAUGGGCACAUGUCGCUCGAUUGUUAUCGAUGCUGUGCUAAAGACACUGGCGAGACUGCUUGCACCAAUUUCCCCUCAUUACAACAUCAUGCCGGAGGAGCCAACCACUUCGGCCAGGGCAGCCGAAUUCAACACCACUAUGGGCAACUCAUCGGACUUGCAGUUAAUAACAUGGCUAUUGUUAUUCUUGUCAGUUUGCUUGGACGAUCACAACAAUGAUCGCAAGGAUAAAUCAGCCACUCGCUGGGACUUCAUGAGCUGCGAAAGCGACUUUACUAAGACACGGCACAGCAACUCCAGCAAGCAAUUGCGAUGUUUUAAGAAGCGUAUAAUACAACAGAAUAAAUACUCAAUACAACCCUACACCGAUUGGGGCAAGAAGAUCUACAUGAUACAGAACGAGCAUCCUGGCAUAUUUAUGGAGCUAUCGGGAAAAUCCAAGAGCUGCGGAAUCAGCAAGGGAACAUCCAGCAUUAAUACAGCUGCCGGCAACAACACUGCCAAUAAAAUAACCGUCGUUUCCGGCAGUAGUUUCGGUAGCAAUGCGAGCACCAGCAGCAGCUCCACCAAUACUUCUAGUUCAACCCAAGGCAAAUCGGUAUCCACAAUAUCUCCCAAGCAGCAGGACUUUGACGUAGCCGGUGAUGGGGAUAGCAAUUUUGACAAAGGACUGAAAGCGUUGCGUAUGGAAAACAUUAAGGUUGUCAUACGCGGACUCUUUACGCUGCUGCUUGAAAUGGACUUUGAUUGCAAUAUGGAUCAAUUUUUGCUUACCUGCAAGGUAAUUGCGCGUCUGGUGGCUGCUUGUCGACCGUCGGUGCAACUGUCUAAAAUCGUAACAACAGCGCAACUCGAGCAGCUUGUACGCCUAGCCGUAUGGAAUGAUCAGCAACAGCCUUGGGCAGUUCAUGCGAUCACUUGCCUUUUACAGGAUCUGUUGGACGCGGACAAACAAUACAGGGACAACGAUGCGACACCCACCAAUGAUAGCACACGUUCCAUGGAGACGGCUGUGCAAGAGACGCGUGACAUUUUUACAGAUUUCUCAUCCUCCUCCAUCGCACAGGCUGUGUUUUAUAUGCCGACAGCAACUGAAUUUCAUCAGGAGGCUGUAAAAUACAAUUAUCUACCCUCGCUAAUUGAGUGCGACGACACGGAGUUUGAUGAAAUGCUAAACGAUAUCGACAUGAUAGAGCGCACCAAACCCAUCACCAAAAAGGAGAGCAACGCAUUGUGCAAGAGCACCUUCAAUUUCUUCUGCAAGUCUAUUUCUAUUGCUAUGGAUUCACGCCUUGAAGUGGGUCUGGAUCUGCAUGUGGAAACACAGUUGCGCCGCUUAACCAACCGCACAUCUCUGGACUUGUACUCUUCGUUGCCGCAGGUGAUCACAAAUGAGUUUAUCACCACGCCUACGGAUGCCGCACCAUGGCCGGAGUUUCUAACGCAACUGUGGUCUGGCCCAGAAUAUAAUAGCGGCAAUACUUAUUUGAUGUUCAAGAAUGUCUUCGACACCAUCCUAGCCGAUCUGCACUACGAAGAUACGUGGGUUCAUAUGGAGCAGGUGCUUCACAUGUGGCUAACGCUAAACUGCGAGCUUUCCGAGAAGCCCUACACGUCGGGAAUUACCCAAACGGAUGUACCUAAGAUUCCAUUUGGUGCGAACGCUGUUCAGGGAUUACUUCUUGCUCUGGCCUGGCACAAUGACAUCAAGCUGCGCACCUGGUGCUUGGGCUUUGAGUGCCUAUUUCUGGCUUGCAAUUCGCUCCCCAUUGGCGACGAUGUCACCGACUGCAUUCGAAUCCAUGAGGUUAUUGUGAACGAUGAGAACUUUGAGAAGAUGCUUAUGCGUUUUUUCUCUGGCUAUGGCAUGACCUCAUUUAUUACAAAUCGCUGCGCCGGUCCCACCAUUUGCAAGCACUUGCACGAGCUUUUACUCUUGCUGCAUAGCAAGAGUGAGAGUAGUGGCGGUCUUAUUGCUUCCAAACGUCGUCUUAAGGACAUUUUGUUGCAUGUGGUGCUGCAACUUGUGCAACCUGGCGGUGCUAUCAGCAAUCAACAGGGGCCUAUCGAUGGACAAAAUCAGCUGGUGCGCGACUUACUUCUAAUGCCCAACGACAAAGGGGAUCUCAAUAUUGCGCUAAAAAUUAUUGAGAGUGUUUCAUUCUUGGUAUACAAUAAUAUUUCCAAUGGAGAGAAACUUCAGUGCCAACGGACUAAUGAUAACACUAAUGCGGGUAACAACUUUAGCAAUCUCUUCGCUAAUGUGUUGGGCUCAGAGAAUCCUAACAAGCAGAGUUCUAUUAUUAUAUCAGACAAUUCACUGAUUAUAAACCUCCUGAAGUUAUCAUCGCACUUGGUGCUCACAGAGAUGCCACGGCAGCCAAGUGAAGUAACCAUACCAGAAGAAGAGGAAUUGUCCAACCAAAGUCAAACGGAUGAAACUAAGGCGGAACAGCUAAAUACCGAAGGGCACCGCAGCAAGGUGCCGUGCAUAGCUGACUGGGUGUUGCGACAAUUUCCCACAAUGAAGCGCCUGUUUGGCUCAUUGUCACAAUGCUCUACCAACGCUUUCACCAUGAUGACCUCGAACUGCUUCUUUUCCAUGAAAUCACAACUGGUGUGGGAUGAACCGGUGACCUUUGCAGAUGCUGUUUUCAGUCUAAUGAUAACUCUUAGUGAGAAGGCCUCAAAUCCGCGUUUGGUUGUUGCGCCCAUUUGUCAAUAUUUAGAAGAAACCACUGUGCAACGUAACGCGUCAUUGCCCCGUCUGCAGCUAUCGGAGCCAUUUCUCUGGUACAUAUCGAAGGUGCUUGAAGUGACGGCUGCGGUUCAAAUAUUCACGCAGCUUGGUGGCAUACAAAUUAUAUGCUACAAUUUGGUGCGCCUGAAUAAGACGAUUAUCAAUAUGCAGCCAGGCUUGAUAUCGCUGAUUAUGCAGCACAUGACGCUCAAUACGCGACUUAAACUGAAUAACCAAGUGACCACCAGCACCGCCUGCAAGAAGACAGGAACCACGACGACCACUGCUCCAACCACAUCUCAACCGCAACCGCCACGAACAAGCGCCCAAUAUGAUGGGCUUAUUAACUUUGCGCCCUUCUCGCACAUUGCUUCAGAGAACGAUGCGGCACAAAAUGCCGAGGUGUUGAUCUCAAAUCCCAGUGCCACGCAUCGCCGGCCACGUUCGCCGGCUUGGAGCUAUAUGUUUUAUCCGAAUGAAAUGCACGUUGACUUGACCAUUACCCUGCCCACGGCCAUUCUGCUAAAAGAAGUGCAGCUGAUGCCACAUACUUCUAGUCUUGCCUCCUGCCCUUCGGCCGUGGCGUUGGAGCUGUCGCGAGACUAUGGACUGGGAUCUAUUCCUGUUGGCCCGCCCAUGGCCACUACCGGCUUAACCUGCAUACGUCUGAAGCUGGCAAAGGCAGAAGUAGUAACCAGCAUUGUGCUGCGUCUGUAUAAACCUAAGGAUUGCGGAAACGUGGGACUUGUUCAAAUUGCAGUCUUAGGCCAAACUAUUUUCGGCAAUAGAUCGCAUGCGUUGCGCUCACAAGGAGGUUAUUCCGGCACAGGCGUGAAUUGCGGCUCCACAUUGCCCGUAGCUGCAUUGGCGGCGAUGGAUGCUGAUAUUUUGCCAGAGGAUGAUGCGUUUGCCAAGACGAGCAUAGGCUGGGUACGUAUUCUGUCGCGUUGUUUCAAUGUUGCUGCACUGCAGGCGGACCAGAAGCUAUCCGAUUUGAUAGCCUCAUAUCCGGCCGCUUAUCCUGGCUUUUUGGAGGCUUGUUGCUCGCUGCUGAACAUAAUGCCCAUGAUACCAAGCUUAGCCCAGCAGCAUUUGGAGACCAUUUUGUUUAAGAUGGGAUCCUACAAUCAGGAGCUAUGUCUGCAGCUUUUGCGCACAUUAUUAUGGCAAACGACUCCACAGGUAUUCAAACUAUCAAGCGAUGCAAUCUGUGAUUUAAUCCAUGAGCUAGUUACCAACACCCCGGGAGAUAUAGAAGAAAAAAUUCAUGUCCUGCUCACCUGGGUCACGAGGUUGCACGACAAUUAUAGUGAGCAAUCACGUUGCAAUAAUCCCCAGAGUGGUUUCGUUAAGGUUAUUGCCUCGAUAUUAUGGCAUGUGCAAGAACAGCAACUAAUGCCUGAGCUGCCGGAGCUUAUUUGUCCAGGAGUAUUCGAGUGCUGCUUUAAUUGGAUAAACACACUGGAACAUGAUGAACCGCUAAAGGCGAGCUUUGAUUCGUUUAUGUGUUCCCUGUGCUACAUAUGCCCGGAAUUGUUCAAUGAGCUACUGAGCAGGCUUGGUGUCAAUUUACAAUUGAAGGCUCGGGGUCUGACCGACGAUAAUAAGGUUCAGAACGGCAGUGCAUGGUUUAAGCGUGAGGGUGCCGCAAAUCUUCAACAGUUACUCGAAUAUCCAAGUUUUCUCAAGACGCUUGCCUUGGCUUGUCAAUCGCCGUCAACUGUCUAUCAAAUGCUCGACUCUGGCCUGCCCAAGUUGCUGGCACAUGCUGUUUACGAAUACUGCAACUUUUUGCUACCACUUGCAGAAACGGUGUCCGGCGGCGGAGCGAGCAACAGUCAAAAUAGUGCUGCAGCGUCAGUAUCUCCGGCACCAUCAGGCCGAACUACAGAUUGCCUAACCGACUGUGACAAGGCCGACAGAGCAGCGAGUGCCGGUGGGAGCAAUAUGCCUCUUUUAACCAGUACCAAUGUGCCGAAAGUGCUGGACUUCUUCUCUGAUUGCUGUGCGGAGGGACCGAUGCGUGAUUGGCUAGGCACCAUGCAGGGCUCUAUAUUCUGGAAACCACUGCUGCAGUUGCUCUGCAACACACACUCUUCGGAUUUCUCAAAAACGCUACCUAUGCAGCAGACAUUUAUUCGGCUGGAGCGUGCCACCAUUAAUUUUUUCACCCGUGUCAGCGCUUGCCAUCCGACGAACCAGGAGGCGCUCACUUCUCUUUUGAUUGGUGUCAUUAUAUGCAAGCCACUGCGGCCUAAUCAGGGGUCCGGGAAUUUGCAUCUGCAACACGUUCGACCCACUAUUUCGGGCUUCACGCGUCAGCUUGUGUUGCAAUUGCUGCUCGAGAACGAGCACAUCAUGGUUUCGGUGCGCAGUAAGCAGCCACUACACAGACGGGACACCUUGUCUAUCUUCAUGAAUGCUACAUCCUCCACAUCAGCGCAUGGAAACUCGACCGGAUCUGCGGGAGCUAGUAGCGUCAAUAACAACAGUCUUCCUUUGGCUGCCUCAAACCAUCAUCCGGCAAAGCGUUGCAGUGCUCACCACGUACUUUUCAACGUCACCACCAGCACCACGUGCCAGGAGAUCUUGCAAAAUUGCGUGUCUGAUCAAACUAACACUAGCAGUAGCCUGGUGAAUGCAGCUGCUGCUGCCGUAGCUGCCCACAAGGCACAUGAUUCAAAGCAGGAAAAGUCCACCGCGAAUUCCAUUAAUGAUCUGCACAGCAUGGAUGCCAGUAGCAUGGAAUUCUUGACUGUUGGUGCUGCCGUGGCGGCAAAGGACAAACGCAUUAAAGAUGUUAAAAAUCAAGCAGCUGUUAAUAAGGAUAAGGGCACCCAAACAUUGGGUGAACAUAUAGCCAGACUUUUUAAUGUGGAGGAGUUUUUGCAGCAAACUUCCAAUAUUAUCACGGGCUCUCAACUAGUCAUUCCCGAUCAUCCGGAUAUUGUAUUGGCAGGAGAUGCAACCAUUUCACAAGUUUUGUCCACAUUGCAAGAUGCUGGGCAGUCGCUUUCUACACCUUGCAUAACACUGGAUUUAGUGCCAGUCCAACGUUGCACUGGCGGAGAGGCCACUUCUGAUGUUAAGAAGACUAAGGCUUCCUGUACAGAGCCAUUGCCAUCGCCGUUGCAACGCUUUUCAAACAGCGGAGGUCUGUCGCUGCUUGCUCACUAUUUGCCGACAGUAUAUCCAGACAGCAGUGGGCGAAAGACACAGACCGUGGUUCCAGAUAAGGAGAAGAGCCCGCUUUUGUCCGACUGGGUGAAGUUGGAGCCCAACGAUGAAAUCUACGAAGACCUGGAAGAUCCUGUGUGCGAGCCCACAAUUAAGCAACAGGCCACUGUUAGCUCGGUGCCGCCACAUUCUCUAGCCGCUUUUGGACUGUUUCUGCGUCUGCCCGCCUAUUCGGAUGUUCUGCUUCGUGACAAGCUACGGGCGCAGUGUCUGCUACGUCUAGUGCUCGGAGUCACGGGCGAUGGAGAGGGCAAUGACAUAUACAGCUUGCCGCUGGCACCGUCAUUGCCAACUCUGCCCUUCGAGGUAUUCCGCCAACUGUUAGACAGCGUGCCGUUGACAACCGACGACGGUGUUUUGUUGCGUCGCGUGGUUAUUGAAGUGGGGGCCAUGCAUUUAGUACUAAAUUGCUUGGGAAUAUUCUCGCAUCAGUCGCACAAUAACAAAAUCGGUGUGAUACAACCCGAAACACCAGCGUCCGGCAGCAAUGGAGGUGGCAACGGCGGUGCUUCUAAAUCGACAGAGGAGCCCCCCACAGGACCCACACCAUCGGACGACAAGAGUCAUAUGUAUUGGGCUAAGGGCACUGGUUUUGGAACCGGCUCCACCACUCAGUCCUGGAAUGUAGAGCAGGCGCUGCUUCGUCAAAAAAGUGAAGAGGAACACGUCACUGUACUGUUGCAGGUUUUAUCCAGCUACAUCAAUCCUGGUGAUUGUAUCCCCAGCGAGUUGCAUGGCGAGGACAUCUUGGCCUAUCACGAAGUGCGCGAUGUUACGCACGAUUUACCACCGCUAUUCCAGUCGCUGCUACAGCAAUCUUGCCUAGUACCUGCGCUCAGCUCCUAUUUGCGUAACGAUUCCGUACUAGAUAUAACCCGACACAUUCCGCUAUACCGUGCCAUAUUAAAGCUGCUUCGUGCAUUAUCUCUGUCCAAGCAGAUGGUGUCGCUUCUGCAGCCAUUGCAAAGCUCAAGCGAGAACGCUCCACCGAUUGUCGAGCUACUUAAAAACAUGAAGAUGUGUGUGGACACCUAUGCCAGGCGACUCAAGGUUAACAAGAAGUCAAACAUCAAGGGUCAGACCCAACAACAGACUUUCAAUAUAGAUGAUGGCGAUGACGAGGGUCUGGCAUUACUCAUACCCGAUAUACACGAGACCACAGUGCUGGUGGAAAAGACCACCGAAGCGGAUGCACUGAUUAAUAUGUUGGAGAUGGACGAAGAUGGCCAGAAUCAAUUGGACCGUAAGCCGUUGAGCAAAUCGAUUGAACAACGUUAUCUGGAGGCUAUGAAAAAACUUCAGUUUGAUACAUAUGACAUGGUUGUGGAGGCAGAGAACAAUGGCUUCCGUUUCGUAGUGUCUCAUCAUUUCGAGAAAAUGGUACGUCUUUCAGGUGAUCGCUACCACCCGUCGCGCGUUAAGCGAUUGGCCCAAGAGGCCGUCACACUCUCCACCAGUCUGCCAUUGUCUUUCAGUAGCUCUGUAUUUGUACGCUGUGAUACGGACAGGUUGGAUAUCAUGAAGGUGCUCAUAACUGGCCCGGCGGAUACACCUUAUGCCAAUGGUUGCUUUGAAUUUGAUGUAUACUUCCCGCCUGACUAUCCUAAUUUGCCCAUGUUGAUUAAUUUGGAGACCACCGGUCGUCAUUCUGUGCGCUUCAAUCCUAAUUUGUAUAAUGAUGGCAAAGUCUGUCUGUCGGUAUUGAAUACUUGGCAUGGUCGCCCCGAGGAGAAAUGGAACGCACAGACCUCCAGUUUCCUGCAGGUGCUUGUAUCGAUACAGUCUCUCAUUCUUGUCCCAGAGCCGUACUUUAAUGAGCCGGGCUUUGAGCGCAGCCGAGGCACACCCAGCGGCACGAACUCAUCCCGCGAAUAUAACAGCAACAUUUAUCAGGCUUGUGUGCGGUGGGCCAUGCUGGAGCAAAUUCGCAAUCCCAGUCCCUGCUUUAAAGAUAUUAUACAAAAGCAUUUCUGGUUGAAACGGGAAGAAAUUUGCACACAAAUUGAAGGAUGGAUAGACGAGUUAGGAAAGCCGCAGUAUACCGAGCGCUCAAGUCGCACCAUAUCCUUCAAUUCGAUGGUGUUGCGCCGUCACUAUCGCCAUCUCCGCGAAGAACUGGCCAAGCUUAAGCCACCACAAGGUCUGGAAGAUCUGGAGAAGCCAUUUAAUCCUGUAGCCUCGCUACCACCGAUGGAUGUGUCAGCAACACCAUCAUCCACCAGCGCCACUAACGCCCAAGUGGGCACCGAUGAUUCAGGAGUGGUGCCGGAAAUGAAUCUCGCCUCCGAGGAGCAUCCUAUGCUGCUCUCGCCCACUGAGUUUUACAAGGAUUUUAAAACAGAUACUCCACACAUUACCAUCGGAGGUGUGGACGCGGUUAUCGAUGACGAUGUAAUUGAAAUUCUUAGUGAUACUGAAAACGAGGGUACCAUGUGGCCAGAGAAGGAUGAUGAAAUAUCUUGAACACAAUUGGUUGCUCCUGUUCCUGCGUAAUAAAGACAGGGCAGUUUAUUAAACACGUUUUAGGUUUCGUUUUUAUUUGAUUUAAUUUUUAAAAGAGAGACUGCAACAAAAACUUGGUGUGCUUUACUUAAAACAAAAUCGUAAUAAAUAAUGUUAAUUUAAAAUUCACGUAAAAUAUCAACAAAAACACAAAACACAACAGCAAGCGUUAAACGAUAAUUGUGUAAUUUACAUUAGCAAACAUACAUUACGUGUAAACAUUAUAUAUUACACAUAGAGUACUUUUUAUAAAUGCUUAUAUAAAUCUACUAUCUGAACUACUACUAUAUUAUAGGCAAGCAUAAUUUCACACCAAUUACACAAACUGCAACUUAAUAUAAACAACCACAACAAGAACACCACCAAAACUAAAUUAAAGUGUAUUAAAAAUAUGUAGCAAUUUAGUUAAAGAAUUUAUCGUAAUACGCAGCGUUAAUUUUAUUACAAAAAUAAAAAGGCACAUAUAUUUGUUUCCCUCCCAACAAAA